AUGAAGUUACUCGCUUUGUUAGGAACUUGUGCCCUUACUCUUUUUGAACUAGCCCGGGCUGGUAACACUGGUGAGGAAGUCGCUGUAGCCAACACUGCCUCUAAUACUGAGAAAGUCCAAGACAAACACGACUUCUUUGCCAUUGAUGGCUUUGACUCCUAUUUCAUGCCCUCUGUUUGCCCAAUCCAAUGCCCAAUUCAAUGCCCUCCUGCGUGCCCACCGGCAUGUCCACCUGCCUGCCCUCCUGCUUGUCCACCUGCGUGCCCCCCUGCUUGUCCUCCUGUUUGCCCAAUCCAAUGCCCACCAGCAUGUCCUCCCGCUUGCCCCCCUGCCUGCCCUCCCUCUAACUGCUCGCCAGGCUACAACAGCAAUGUUAACAUGUUCUUAUACUCAAUCCACCGUGCUAUCCGCCGCGCCAAAACACCAGCCCAGAGGGCUGCUUUAAGAAGGCAAUUACAAGCUUUGAUCGCUAGAGGAAUUGAGCUACUCCGCUGCCAGAAUAGCUGCGUCUCCUACUACUGGAUGGGCGACUUCACCAACCCCAAAGCCCGCUUGAAGCGGCUUUCUAGCAUCCUUCAUCAGAUCCUCUGCCAACUCACCCCUGAGAACCAGAACGCCUUGGUCUGCCAAGGAUGGAUGUAA